AUGUGGAUCACAACAUCCACCCACCCUUUGCUCUGCCUGGAGACUCUUUCAAGGACGAUUCGCGUGAGAAAGAUAGUGAACAGAAGAUGGCAUGCUUUCAAAGUCCUACCACUAACGGAAGACAAGAGAACGCUACCAUUAGAGAGCAUAGAGGUGAGGAAACCGUGUAUAUCCCUAAUGGUUUGGGUCCGAGUAUUAUUGGAGUUCGUGGGUGCAACGUCAGGAGAAUCAGCUACAAUACAUGGUACACCGUCGCAACGCGAACAAGCAAAAGUUCUGAUCAACGAAAUACUGUCAAAACUUGUAUACGCCCCAACCGUUGGAUUCACCUUGUUGAAAGUGAGCGGUAUCGAAAGAUCCGACGCGAGAUAUCGAUUCGUUGAAUUUGCUGUUGACAACGACCUAAUUAACGUGCAAAGAUAUCGUCUCGAGAAAGUUAAAAGGACCCCAAGAGAAGGUGCCAAUGCGAACGAACGGAUGGACAGUGCGAUGGACAGAAACGCGGAACUUCUAUCUAACGGUUUCAACACCAUUGAUAAAUUUAACCAAUGCAUCAGACAAAUCUCUUCAAAACUCGAAUUCGAUGACUCGCAUUUGGGCAAUGGAUUAGAUCCCAAUUUGAGACAGAUUCAAUAUCACAUUUUUUUUGGUCGUCAGACGUUCACCAAGGUGGAUCCGCAAAGGGUCUUUGGUGUAGCCGAUUUCUGUAAAUUUGACAGGCACACGAAAAACAACAUAAGCGGUGUUAGCACCUCUUUCUCUCACAGCACACUGCCAAUAUGGCAGAUUUUCGAAAGGACCUGUGGGAAGUUUGGAUUAAAAUUGGACGUGUCUAAAAAGGAUAAACAAAGCAUCAGUAUCCUUUACAUGCACGACGGUCAUCGGAGGAAGAUGAAAUUGUGUUGGAGUAAGGAAGAAGGACUAUGGAAAAUAGAUAAACUGGCGACGAACGUUAGGCGUCACGCGAUAAUCGAUAUCGUGACGGGGACGGAAAGUCCGGAUUUGAGGUUCAUGGUGAAAACGCAAUCCACCGUGUUGGUCGAACCCGAGUUAGAACGUGUCAUCAGGGACCUGCAGGCCGAAAGGCUCAUCCCCGGUGAAAAAGGAAUGUGGUUUGACCUAAAAGACUUUCGGGGAACACUUGAUUGCGUUGGAAUUAGACAGAAGAUAACCAAAAAGUGUUACAUAAAUGAUAAGUUCAAAAUCACGACAGUCACUACGCAACAGGAGAUAAAUGGACAAAACGACAAUAAAAUCACCAUGGAGAAUCAUAUCACGCUGAAGAGUCAUUGCUGGCGACGGCGUAAUGGAGAAAGGAACAAAUCGCCGAGGAUGAAAUUCGACGACGAAGUGGCUUCGGGGUCAAUUCACGAGGCCAUCAGGUUUGCCAGCGAGAUCGCCAAGUCGAUUUGUUAG